AUGACGUCGACCCUGGUCCUUUUCAUGCGGACGAAUGAACUUGAUCUAUCACUUGGAAAAUUCUACAAUACCUCCUUCGGUUUUCACUUGGAAUUUGCCGAUGCAUUCACAGAUACAAUUUCACAAGGUCAAUCAAUCACAACCUCUCAGACCAUCAUAUCUGCGGGUGGUGAAUUUGAAUUAGGAUUCUUUUCUCCUGGAAACUCCACAAAAUACUAUGUGGGGAUAUGGUACAAGAAAGUAUCAGAGCUAACCAUUGUGUGGGUAGCUAACCGAGAUUAUUCAUUCACAAAUCCGUCUGUGGUUCUUACUGUCAGGACAGAUGGUAACCUCGAGGUUUGGGAGGGGAAAAUUUCAUACAGGGUGACAAACAUAUCAUCAAACAGCAAAACUAGUGCCACCCUGUUGGAUUCUGGAAAUCUUGUUUUGAGAAAUGACAACUCGAGUAUCUUAUGGCAGAGCUUUGACUAUCCAUCGCACACUUUCUUGCCGGGGAUGAAACUUGGAUACGACAAAAGGGCUGGAAAAACAUGGUCAUUAGUGUCAUGGAAGAGCGCAGAAGAUCCCAGUCCAGGAGUUUUCUCCCUGAAGUACGACCCUAAGGGAACCGGCCAGAUUUUUAUCUUGCAAGGGUCUACGAUGUACUGGGCUAGUGGCACCUGGAACAGGGAUGGGCAGGUUUUCAACUUGAUUCGUGAGAUGCGCUUAAACUAUGUGUUUAAUUUCAGUUAUUCGUUUAGUAAGGAGGAGAGCUAUUUCAAUUACUCUAUUUAUAAUUCUUCCAUUAUAAGCAGAUUGGUGCUGGAUGUGUCAGGGCAGAUUAAGCAAAUGGCAUGGCUUGAAGCCUCUCAUCAAUGGUAUAUGUCUUGGUUUCAACCAAAAACGCAAUGUGAGGUUUAUGCUUACUGUGGGCCUUUUGGAAUCUGCCAUGACCAUGCAGUCGAUAGAUUCUGUGAAUGUUUGCCAGGUUUUGAACCUGGCUUCCCUAAUAACUGGAACUUGAACGACACAUCUGGAGGGUGUGUGAGGAAAGCAGAUUUGCAGUGUGGCAAUAGUACUCAUGCUAAUGGGGAGAGAGACCAGUUUCAUCGGGUGUCUAAUGUGAGACUGCCAGAUUAUCCACUAACACUCCCAACGAGUGGUGCCAUGCAGUGCGAGUCAGAUUGCCUAAAUAACUGCUCUUGCUCUGCUUAUGCCUACUACAUGGAGAAGUGUACAGUAUGGGGUGGAGAUCUUCUAAACUUGCAACAGCUAUCAGAUGACAACAGUAAUGGUCAAGAUUUCUAUCUCAAACUUGCGGCCUCUGAGCUAAAUGGGAAAGUUUCAAGCAGCAAGUGGAAGGUAUGGCUAAUUGUUACACUGGCCAUUUCCCUAACUUCAGCCUUUGUCAUUUGGGGGAUACGGAGAAGGCUACGAAGAAAAGGGGAAAAUUUGUUACUAUUUGAUUUAAGUAACAGCUCGGUAGGUGCCAACUAUGAACUUAGUGAGGCAAAUAAAGUAUGGAGAAGCAAGAAGAAGGAAGUUGAUUUGCCAAUGUUCAGUUUUGUGAGCGUAUCUGCUGCUACCAAUAACUUCUCGAUUGAAAAUAAACUAGGAGAGGGUGGUUUUGGACCUGUUUACAAGGGAAAGUCACAAAAAGGGUAUGAGGUAGCUGUGAAGAGGCUUUCAAAAAGAUCUGGACAGGGAUGGGAGGAGUUAAAAAAUGAGACCAUGCUCAUAGCCAAGCUACAACAUAAGAAUCUUGUGAAGCUGUUGGGCUGCUGCAUUGAGCAAGAUGAGAAGAUAUUGAUUUAUGAGUAUAUGCCCAACAAAAGCUUGGAUUUCUUCCUAUUUGAUCCUACAAAACAUGGGAUUCUGAAUUGGAAGACACGGGUUCACAUCAUUGAAGGGGUUGCUCAAGGACUUCUUUAUCUGCAUCAGUACUCCAGAUUGAGGAUUAUUCAUCGAGAUUUGAAGGCUAGCAACAUUCUUCUGGAUAAGGAUAAGAAUCCUAAAAUAUCAGAUUUUGGAAUGGCAAGAAUAUUUGGAGGCAACGAAUCAAAAGCAACAAAUCAUAUAGUUGGGACUUAUGGCUAUAUGUCCCCUGAGUAUGCUUUGGAAGGUCUUUUCUCCACUAAAUCUGAUGUCUUUAGCUUUGGGGUCUUGUUACUGGAGAUUUUGAGUGGCAAGAAGAAUACUGGAUUUUACCAAACCGACUCGCUCAAUCUUCUUGGAUAUGCAUGGGAUUUGUGGAAAGACAGCAGGGGGCAGGAGUUGAUGGAUCCAGGGUUGGAAGAAACAUUGCCAACACACAUUCUGUUGAGGUACAUCAAUGUAGGCCUUCUUUGUGUUCAAGAAAGUGCAGAUGACAGGCCUACCAUGUCUGAUGUUGUCUCAAUGCUUGGCAAUGAAAGUGUACGUUUACCUUCUCCAAAACAACCGGCAUUUUCAAAUCUGAGAAGUGGGGUGGAACCACAUAUAUCCCAAAACAGGCCAGAAAUUUGUUCCUUAAAUGGUGUGACACUUUCAGUUAUGGAAGCACGAUAAUGGUUCAGAACUUAAUAUAUAAUAUGCUUAAAUUUCAGCAUAUUGUCUUGUAUUGUUCUUGGUGAAUUCAUAGCUCAUAUACUAAAAUGGACAAGUGACCUUAUGUGUGUAUUUUUCUUCCAAAACAGUUUAAUAAUCAUCUUGUACUCAA